GCCGCCGUACUUCCGGUAGAGUCGGCAGCCAGCGUCUUUACCUCCGUAAUUUAACGCGAAAGGUAAAGUUCUUAUUAAAUGAAUUGCAAAGCGAUUUAUAGUUUAGUAUUAUGUAUAUUUUAUUAAUAUAUAGUUAAGCAUUACAGUAAUGACUUCCAAAAGGAUUAAAUAUCAACGGCGGGAAGACAGUAAGUCGGCCGAACAUUGUUGUGUCCCGUUCUGUAGCGCAUCAUCAAAGUUCAACUCUGUACUGAGUUUCCACACUUUUCCCAUGAACAAAGAAGCACGCAGGAAGUGGAUUAACAACAUUAGACGUGAGAGUUUGAACAUCACACCUCAUACUAGAGUUUGCAGUCGUCAUUUCAUUAGUGAUUAUCUGAUCGAACCAUCGACCCCUAAAGGGCGUCGCUUGUUAAGAAAAGGGGCUGUGCCCACGUUAUUCCAGUGGAACUGCUACUCCGUUGCUGACCCAGGGUCCACCGAGGUAACGUUAUGUCCAAUAAAGGAGAAAGACACUCAGGUGGAUGAAGCUCCUGUGCCAAUGGAUACCCAGCAUCUGGAACAUGAUUACUGUACUGUUCCAGAACCAGUGGCAGUAAAUAAUGCACUGGAUAAGACUGAAGAACUCCGUAAAGAGCUGGCGCGACUUAAGAGACAGUUGGAGGAGUUGUCUGUCAAUUCACGUUUUUGUUUGGGCCGAUUUGCUGCUUCUGACGAUGAUAUAAAGUUUUACACUAGGUUCGUAACUUAUAGCCAUUUAAUGGCUUUCUGGAAACUCAUUGAACCUGCGUCCCACAACAUGAUUCGUGCGUCCAGAGCAACAGCAACUACAGUGAAGAGUGAACCUGGAACAACAGACAGUGCAUUGUCUCAGUCCCUGCAGCCCAUUGAUGAGUUCUUCCUCUUUAUGGUCCACCUCUCGGUUGGCCUAACGCAUCGGGAUCUGGCCCACAGAUUCAACAUCCAGCAAUUCACAGUUAGCCAAAUUAUUACAACCUGGGCAAAUUUUUUGUACACUAUUCUUGGGUCAGUUCGGAUCUGGAUGUCUGAGGAGGCAGUCGAGGCUCAUCUGCCCAAUGAGUUUCAGGACUACCCGGACACACAAGUGGUUAUCGACUGCACAGAACUGCGUUGCCAAACUCAGUCUUCUCUUCUGCCUCAAAGUGACGAUUUCUUCAGUGAUGAGUCCCAUUGCACCUUCAAGGGAUUCAUCGGCAUGGCACCACAUGGGGCAGUCACCUUUGUGUCAUCCCUGUAUGCAAGUUCUGUCAGUGACAAGGACCUUUUUAGGCAGUCUGGCAUUGUCUCUCUGUUAAAACCUGGAAUGGCGAUAAUGGUCGACAAAGGUUUUCUUGUUGAUGAUUGUGUGCCAUGCAAAGUCUAUAGACAUGCUUACCUGUCAAAGAGAGAUGAGAUGUCAGCUGGUGAGAUGAGGGAGACGCAGUCCGUUGCUCGGCUGUUACUCCACAUUGAGCGCCUCAUCCGCAGGGUGAAGAAACACAAGCUUUUUGACACAAUCAUCCCUCUCUCUGUUUCAGGGAGCAUCAACCAGCUAUAUACAGUUGCUUGCCUCCUUAUAAAUUACCAGAAUGGUCCCUUAGUAAAAGUAGAAGCAAAUGAUUAAAGAUGAGAUGACAUUUGUUGGUGGUUGAUGGAUGUAAAUAUGUAAAUAAAUAACUUUUAUUUAGUGUUGCCGACAUUAACUUGAAUGCCAAUAUAAUUUUUUAUGCAGUGCAUUUCUUUUUACAGUGAUGUUGUGCAAAUAAACAAACUUUAAUACAAUUUUAAAUGAUUAUUUGCCUUUCGUGCAUCUGUAUGCAUCUUGAAGAUUGCUAAAUAUUAAUGAAAUGGUCAAAUGGUCUGAAACAUUUUAAUAUCAAUGUAAAUGCGCUGGAUCAUCAUGUCGUCCUGUGUGCAUAAACAACAAAAUCACACCAGUCCUAUCCUAAGUAAAGCAUUUAUUCUUGACUUUUAUACUAAACUUUUCAAAAAACAGAAGCC